UCCUGCGCUUGGAAGCGGGAAGAGAUGUUGGGCUACGGUCCCUGACGCAGACAACUUAGGCGUCGGUUUCAAGGCUCCUCCCUUCUGGUGAAAGGCAGACUGCGGGGCGCCUGGAAACCGGUUCGAGGGAGAGAGGGCUUGAGGGAUUGCCACAAAUGGUCAGGCGGCAGCGGUGGCGGAGGAAGAAAAGGCGGCGGCGGUGGCAGCAGCAGCUACCAGAGCAGCUGCGCUCUGCCUGGCGGGCUGCAGAGAAGGAGAGCGCGCUGGCGGCGUGGCGGAGGAGCGAGCUGGGGUGGCCCCUUCCCGUCCUCUCCCCCCUCCCCACGCUGUCUCCCCUUCAUGAGGCUCAAGUUUGAGCUGGCAGGAGAGGGACUAGGCAGAAGCAGCAGGCUGGCAAGGGAGGAGGAGGAGGAGGAGGAAGCGGCGGCGAGAGCGGCGGCGCGGAGGGCAGCAGCGGCACCUCCACUCACAGCAGCGGCAGGAGGCGCCGGGGAAGUAUGGCUGAGAAGUGGGCUCGGCAAGUUUGCAACGGGGCCGAGGCGACGGCGGGGGGCGGCCAGGCCAGCGUGCGGCGCUCCCCGCGGCUGCUCCUGCGGCUGGUGGCGCUGCUGCUGUGGGCGGAGGCGCCGGUGCUCCCCGCGCGGGGCCAGGCGCACCAGCAGCAGCAGCAGCAGCAGUACAACGGCGAGCGGGGCAUCUCGGUGCCGGACCACGGCUACUGCCAGCCCAUCACCAUCCCGCUGUGCACGGACAUCGCCUACAACCAGACCAUCAUGCCCAACUUGCUGGGCCACACCAACCAGGAGGACGCCGGCCUGGAGGUGCACCAGUUCUACCCGCUGGUCAAGGUGCAGUGCUCGGCCGAGCUCAAGUUCUUCCUGUGCUCCAUGUACGCGCCCGUCUGCACGGUGCUGGAGCAGGCGCUGCCUCCCUGCCGCUCCCUCUGCGAGCGGGCGCGCCAGGGCUGCGAGGCGCUCAUGAACAAGUUCGGCUUCCAGUGGCCCGACACGCUGCGCUGCGAGAAGUUCCCCGUCCACGGCGCUGGCGAGCUCUGCGUGGGCCAGAACACCUCCGAGCGCGGCACGCCCACGCCCUCGCUGGGGCCCGAGUUCUGGACCAGCAACCCCCAGCUGCGGCCGGGCCUCGGCGCGGCGGGAGGCGGCGGGGCGGGAGGCGGAGGGAGCCACCUGGCGGAGCGGGCGGGCAGGUUCACCUGCCCCAGGGUGCUCAAGGUGCCCUCCUACCUCAACUACCGCUUCCUGGGCGAGAAGGACUGCGGGACCCCUUGCGAGCCCGGCCGCCCUUACGGGCUCAUGUACUUUGGGCAGGAGGAGCUGCGCUUCUCGCGCACCUGGAUUGGCAUCUGGUCGGUGCUCUGCUGCGCCUCCACCCUCUUCACCGUCCUCACCUACCUGGUGGACAUGAAGCGCUUCAGCUACCCAGAGAGGCCCAUCAUCUUCCUCUCGGGCUGCUAUACGGCUGUGGCCGUGGCCUACAUUGCCGGGUUCCUACUGGAGGAAAAAGUGGUCUGCAACGAGCGCUUCUCGGACGACGGCUCGCGGACAGUGGCCCAGGGCACCAAGCGGGAAGGCUGCACCAUCCUCUUCAUGAUGCUCUACUUCUUUGGCAUGGCCAGCUCCAUCUGGUGGGUGAUCCUCUCUCUCACCUGGUUCUUGGCCGCAGGCAUGAAGUGGGGCCACGAGGCCAUUGAGGCCAACUCGCAGUACUUCCACCUGGCCGCGUGGGCUGUGCCAGCCAUCAAGACCAUCACCAUCUUGGCCCUGGGGCAGGUGGACGGGGAUGUCCUCAGUGGUGUCUGCUUUGUGGGCAUCAACAACGUGGAUGCCUUGCGGGGCUUUGUGCUGGCUCCUUUAUUUGUUUACUUGUUCAUUGGCACCUCUUUCCUGCUAGCUGGAUUUGUGUCCCUCUUCAGAAUUAGGACCAUUAUGAAGCAUGAUGGCACCAAGACAGAAAAGCUGGAGAAGUUGAUGGUGAGGAUAGGAAUUUUCAGUGUCCUGUACACGGUGCCUGCUACCAUAGUAAUUGCCUGCUAUUUUUAUGAGCAAGCUUUUAGGGAACAGUGGGAAAGGAGUUGGUUUGCUCAGAGCUGCAAGAGCUAUGCCAUCCCUUGUCCCAAUAACCACCACCAUCCACCUAUGAGCCCUGACUUCACUGUCUUCAUGAUCAAGUAUCUCAUGACCUUAAUUGUUGGCAUCACUUCAGGCUUCUGGAUCUGGUCUGGGAAAACACUCAAUUCUUGGAGGAAGUUCUAUACCAGACUCACCAACAGCAAGCAAGGGGAAACCACAGUGUGAAGUUCACACACCCCAAUUAGCGAUAGCAGGAGAAGGACUGUGCCAUCUGUUUACUGUACUAGCCAGAGAGUGUAAAGGAAAUGUUCACACAAUCACUCUCCUAAGUCUUCUUGGACAGGAAUAUUCACCUCUAGCCUGCAGGGGAACUGAAAGGAAAGGCUGGUAUAGGGAGGGAUGAGCCUUUUUCUCCCUCUCUUCUGCUGGGACUAAACUUACAAUAAAGUUGAAAAUGUGGCUUUGAGGUUUUGUAAAUAGCUUCUGUAAGAUUUUGUAAGUAUAUUUGUAUUUAAAUUGCAAAGUUCUCACUUUUGUAAUUAUUUAGAACUUUUUUUAACCCAUUUGCAGAUAUUUCUCCUUUCAAAAAACCCCUGAAAUCUGAUUUUUCAUUCCAUUUUAUUUUUAGUACAAGAUGGACAGAUAGAAACCAAAGCAAGCCCAGUGAUCCUUCUUUUCUCUCCUCUCACCCCACACCAUGCAUUGUACUGGUUGCUUGUCAAGUCCUUUGGUCCAGGAUUAAGGCUGACUAAUUCAUAAGUGGUCAUAAUACAGGAAUCCUUUACAAGGCAUCCUGCUGAUUUCAGUAGAAUGAAUGAUUUAGGGAAAGUUGUCUUGGUUGAUGGCACAGCCCACGGGGUGUGCUUCAUGACACAUGCAGGCUGGGAGAGGGAAUGGCUCUGUAUGACCUGAAGGAAUAAAAGAGCAAGCAGUUUUACCUGUUCCAGUUCCACUGAGGGAGGAGUCUGAGUGAGGGAACUUUGUUACCCAACUGCAUGCUUAGACCUUGCCUAAGAAAACUUGCUCUCAGCCACCAGACUCCUGGUGAGAAACAGGCUCCUAAGUAAAGGUAUAACCUGUUUGAAGAAGUGUGGAAUUGUAUGGUUAGGAACGAAAGUUUCUCACCAGCUGCUCCUGCAUGGCAUAAUAUGAUUGCUCUUAAAAACUGUAACUUUUUCUCCUAAUUUUGUGUAAUCGAAUUUACCAUUUGUUUUUUAAGCCAGGAGCUCAAGCUUUCAGUUUUGCAGAAAUAGGACCAUUGGUUCUCACCUUUUCUCUGAAAUGGGAAGGAGGAUUGUAUAUUUGACUGUGAUUUGGUACUCUGCUUCUUAACAAUUCACAUCUUUGGUAGAUUUUUUGUUUUUCUGUGUAACAAGCUUGCUUGAAGAGAAGUACCAGGAAGGCAGUAUAGGGUUGAUUUUGCAGAUGAACACAUUUUUACCAAGAAAAACAGAAGCAUAAACCUAGUAAAAGCUUUUAGCAACUCAGAUUAUUCAGAUUUUUAAAAGUGCUUCCAUUGGCUUGUCAUUUUUACAAAUCCUUCUGGUGCUUUUAAUUCCUUCAUUAAUAGGUGAUUGAAAGGCAUAAUAAUUUAUGCAACUGGUAAAAAGAAAUCUAAAAUAACUGAUAGAGUGUGAGACCCCAAAGAAUCUCCAAGUCAGAUAUUCCAAUAUAGUAAUUUAUAUGUAAAGCUAAGAAAGCUUGUGUAUGAUUGGUCUACUCUUUCUAAACUGUUACGGCUCCCUAUUUCCUUAACAGGUUUAAACAAGAUGUGUCAAAUUUGACAAACAUUUUAAUAUUUAAUCCUUUGUAUGGCAAAACAGAUGUGCUGGUUUUCUGAUUGUACUAUUUCAAACUUCUUAUAUAAGCACCUGUCAAAUAUUAUCUAUGACUUACCAUUCCCAAAAAUGCAUAGCUGUGUAAAUUUGGUAUGCAUUUAUUUCUGUUCACUAUUGCAAGAUCAUCUAUAUUUAUAGAGGAAUAGAAGUUUAUAUAUAAAUAUAUAUAAUACAUAUUUUUAAUUUCUUUGAAAUAAAUUGAGGUUUUGUACAAAAUUACCUUGUCUUUUACAAGUUUUUCCUCAAAUUUAAUAUGUGCUUACUGUAGUGUUAAUACUAUAGGUGUAGGAUUGUUUUAAAUCUAGUAAAAACAGCCUAUAUUGUGUAGUUCUGUUAUAAUUAAUCCAACUGAUAUUCACACACGCCUAGUAGAACUAAUGAAAGCUGUGUACAAUUAAGGGAAUAGUGCUGAUGGUAUGAAAUUUGAGAAGAAAACGAGCUUGUAAAUUAUUUUCUUCAAAAUAUCAACUGGAAAUA